GCAGAUCCCGAGAAGGGCUCCUCAUGCGGGGCUGACCAUUUAUUUACCCAUGGAAUGGAGCCUGUGGUUUCUGAGUAGCCAGAAGAGUGCCCGGGAGUGCUGGCCCUGAAUCCCAUACAAGGACCAGGAACUCGGGGCUCAUAUUUCCCUGGCCACUUCCACAGCCCCCACAGACUGCACUGUUCCACUUCGUCCUGCCAGGCUCCUGGAUGACUCUCACAUCCUGUGGGGGGCAGGAGGUGCUGGGAGAUGCUCUGGGUAAAUAAUGCAGAGCAAGCUGCGCUGAUUGGCUUCAGGGAGGCGGACACUUUGUCUACAUAAAUGGCAAUCGCAUCCUCUGUGUCUUUUAACUGUCACCAAGGAGAAGGGAGAGAGAGAGCGGACGGAGAGAAGCAACUCCCGGCUGCCUUUCCACCUCUGACAGAGCUCAGUCACCAUGGAUGCAAGUGAAUACCGGAGGAGAGGGAAAGAGAUGGUGGAUUAUGUGGCUGACUACUUGGAAGGCAUUGAGGGGCGCCCCGUCUACCCUAAUGUGGAGCCUGGCUACCUGCGUCCCCUGAUCCCUACUGAGGCUCCCCAGGAACCAGAAGCAUUUGAGGACGUUAUCAAUGACCUUGAAAAGAUAAUCAUGCCAGGGGUGACCCACUGGCACAGCCCCUAUUUCUUCGCCUACUUCCCCACAGCCAGCUCGUAUCCAUCCUUGAUCGCAGACAUGCUGUGUGGAGCCAUCGGCUGCAUAGGCUUCUCUUGGGCAGCGAGUCCAGCAUGCACAGAACUGGAGACAGUGAUGAUGGACUGGCUUGGAAAGAUGCUGCAGCUGCCAGAGGAGUUUUUGGCUGGAACAGCUGGAGAAGGGGGAGGAGUGAUCCAGGGGAGUGCCAGUGAAGCCACCCUGGUUGCCCUGCUGGCUGCUCGGACAAAAGUGACCCGGCGGCUCCAGGCAGCAUCUCCAGAGUUGACGCAGGCCGCCAUCAUGGAAAAGCUGGUAGCCUACUUCUCUGAUCAGGUGGUUGCUACACUGGGGACCACGUCUUGCUGCUCUUUUGACAAUCUCUUAGAAGUGGGCCCUAUCUGCAAGAAGGAGGACAUGUGGCUGCACAUUGAUUCUGCAUACGCAGGCAGUGCCUUCAUCUGCCCUGAGUUCCGGCAUCUUCUGAACGGAGUGGAGUUUGCAGAUUCAUUUAAUUUUAAUCCCCACAAGUGGCUUUUGGUGAAUUUUGACUGCUCCGCCAUGUGGGUGAAAAAGAGAACAGAUUUAACAGGAGCCUUUAAACUGGACCCUGUUUACUUGAAGCACAGCCAUCAGGAUUCAGGGCUUAUCACUGACUACAGGCACUGGCAGAUCCCACUGGGUCGAAGAUUCCGCUCUUUGAAAUUGUGGUUUGUCUUUAGAAUGCUUGGAGUCAAAGGACUGCAGGCUCAUAUCCGCAAGCACGUCCAGCUGGCUCAUAUGUUUGAGUCUUUGGUGCGCCAGGAUUCCCGCUUUGAGAUCUGUGCAGAAGUCACUAUGGGGCUAGUCUGCUUCCGGCUAAAGGGUUCCAACCAACUGAACGAAGCUCUUCUGCAAAGAAUAAACAAUGCCAGAAAAAUCCACUUGGUUCCGUGUCACCUCCGAGACAAGUUCGUGCUGCGUUUUGCCAUCUGCUCUCGCAUGGUGGAAUCUGCCCACGUGCAAUUCGCCUGGGAGCACAUCAGAGAGCUGGGGGAAGACGUGCUGAGAGCAGAGAAGGAGUGAAAGUGGAGCCUGCUGCAGAGAUGAAAAGUUGAAAGGACAUAUAUCUGAAAACUGAAAUAAGAAGAAAAUAAAUAUCAUCCUGAUUCUGUGGAACUGAGUCUGUAUGUGACCUCCCAUGUCUGCUCCAAAGUUAACCAGACACCUGUCAUUAUGUCUUUUAACAUUAAUCAAAGUUAAUCAGACCUGUCAUAGUGUCUCAUCAGUGAAGAAAUAUUUACUAUAUGGAAAGUUUAUCUUAGUAACUACAGUUUUCAUUUCUUAUUUAACUAUGAUUUUUCGUGAUUAAAAAUCAUAAGUUUUCAUGCUUUUGAAUCAAUCAGUGUGGCAAAAGAGGCUUAUUGAAAUAUUUUCCAGGGCAGUCUAUGAUCAUAACUAGAGAUUAUACCUGUGCUUCUAAAUUAUCCUGUCAUGUGACUAAAUGCUUAAUAAACAGUUGAUGUAAAAUGCUAA